AUGGUCACAGUGCCACAAGACACGCCUCCCGACGACGACGACGAAGAACCCCAAUCGCCGAGCCCUAGCAGCCCUCACGACCUGCCUCCCCCGUACUCUCCCCCGCGUGAAGAUAGUCCCCCGCCCCAUCGUCCGUGCACUUGCCCGAGCGCCCAGCACGGGGCCCAAGCAGCCCCAGCGACCGCACCCCCGCCCGAGGGGCGGGACUGGGGGAAAGUAGCCCUCGGCGCCGCCGCCGUCGCCGUCGCCGUCGCCGUGCCCACGCCCGCCGUCACCGGCGCUGCGAUCGCCCUCCCCGCGAUCGGGUUCACCUCAGGCGGGGUUGCCGCAGGUUCAGUCGCCGCUGGCAUCCAGUCCAUGUUCUACGGAGGCUUCACCUGUGGGCUGUUCUCCGCCUGCCAGAGCCUCGGUGCUACGAUCGUCGCCCCGUCGCUGGCAAGCUUAGCGACCGCUGGAGCCACCGCUGCAGUGGGUGGGGCGGCGAUUGGUGCGGAGAUCAGCAAGAAUGGCUCGGGCGAUAAUGGAAACGUCGGAAAUGGAGGGAACACCGGGAAUGGAGCGAACGCCGGGAAUGGAGGAAACGCCGGGGGUGGAGGGGACGCAACGCUAGUCAACUGCUCGUGUGUUCAGUUGAGGGGUCUCGGCUUGUGGGAUAUGGUGUCGUUCAAAGCAGAGCUAGCUGCUCUCUAG